CGCGCUCUGGGGAGCUACGCUCUGUUUUUGUUUUCCGCGGGUAGCUACCUGGCUAACGCGUAUCAAAUUGGUAUCUGUGCAUACUUCUUCAAAAAUAUAAUAUAGCUUUCGAUGAUAUUACUGCAGCAUUGGAUCAAUAAAUAUAUCAGAGGCGAGGAGAGGAUUGCGAUCAGCCAGUUGGCAAGCUGGUUCGCUGGACAACUUAACGUUACGUUAGCUGGCUAAUUAGCUCGCAAACAGAACAAAAUGGGAUAUUUAAAACUAAUAGAGAUAGAAAACUUCAAGUCAUAUAAAGGCCGGCAAAUUAUCGGCCCUUUCCACAAGUUCACUGCGAUCAUCGGACCUAAUGGGUCGGGCAAAUCCAAUCUUAUGGACGCCAUCAGCUUUGUGCUGGCUGAGAAGACGAGCAACCUACGUGUGAAGACCCUGAAGGACCUUAUCCACGGCGCGCCUGUCGGUAAACCGGCUGCCAACCGCGCCUUCGUGAGCAUGGUGUACUGCGAGGACAGCGGCGAAGAGCGUACCUUCACCCGGGUCAUCAUAGGCGCCUCCUCUGAGUACCGCAUCAACAAUAAGGUGGUUGGGUUGACAGAGUACAGCGAAGAGCUGGAGAAGUUGGGCAUUCUCAUCAAAGCCAGGAAUUUUCUGGUUUUUCAGGGAGCAGUGGAGUCUAUUGCCAUGAAGAACCCAAAGGAGAGGACGGCUCUGUUUGAGGAGAUCUCGCGCUCUGGGGAGCUGGCGCAGGAGUAUGACCGCAGGAAGAAGGAGAUGGUGAAAGCAGAGGAGGACACUCAAUUUAACUACCACCGGAAAAAAAAUAUUGCUGCCGAGCGCAAAGAGGCCAAGCAGGAGAAGGAGGAGGCGGAGCGGUACCAGAGGCUGAAGGAUGAAGUGGUCCGGGCCCAUGUUCAGUUGCAGCUCUUCAAGCUUUACCACAAUGAGGCUGAGAUAGAGAAACUGAACCGCGAGCUGGCCCAUCGCAACCGUGAGAUUGAGAAGGACCGCAAGCGGAUGGACCGUGUGGAGGAGGAGCUGAAGGAAAAGAAGAAGGAGCUGGGAAGGAUGAUGAGGGAGCAGCAGACAGUGGAGAAGGAGAUCAAAGAGAAGGAUGCAGAGCUGAACCAGAAGAGGCCCCAGUACAUCAAAGCCAAGGAGAACACCUCCCAUAAGAUCAAGAAGUUGGAGGCGGCACGCAAGUCCCUGCAGAGCGCGCAGAAGACGUACAAGAAGCGCAAGGCGGACAUGGAGGAGCUGGAGAGGGAGCAAGGCGCUGUGGAAAUGGCGCGGCAAGAGUUUGAAGAGCGCAUGGAGGAGGAAGCGCAGAGCCAGGGCCAAGAUCUCACACUGGAGGAGAACCAGGUGAAACAGUACCACCGUCUGAAGGAGGAGGCCAGUAAACGGGCUGCCACUCUGGCUCAGGAACUGGAGAAGUUCAACCGUGACCAGAAAGCCGACCAGGACCGGCUAGACCUGGAGGAGAGAAAGAAAGUGGAGACGGAGGCCAAGAUCAAACAGAAGAUCAGGGAGAUCGAGGAGAACCAGAAACGCAUUGAGAAGUUGGAGGAUUACAUCGCAACCAGCAGGCAGUCUCUGGAUGAGCAAAAGCGCAUGGAGGAAGAGUUGACAGAAGAGGUAGAGCAGGCCAAGAGGAGGAUUGACGAGAUCAACAUGGAGCUCAACCAGGUGAUGGAGCAGCUGGGAGAUGCCAGGAUUGAUCGGCAGGAGAACAGCAGGCAGCAGCGCAAGGCUGAAAUCAUGGAGAGCAUCAAACGGCUGUACCCUGGAUCUGUGUAUGGCAGGCUGAUUGACCUCUGCCAGCCCACACAAAAGAAGUACCAGAUUGCUGUGACUAAAGUGCUGGGGAAGAACAUGGAUGCCAUCAUCGUGGACUCAGAGAAGACAGGCCGAGAUUGCAUCCAAUACAUCAAGGAGCAGAGAGGGGAGCCCGAGACUUUCCUUCCCCUGGAUUACCUGGAGGUUAAACCAACUGAUGAAAAGCUGCGAGAGCUGCGCGGAGCUAAGCUCGUGAUCGACGUGAUCCGCUACGAGCCACCGCACAUCAAGAAGGCCUUGCAGUACGCCUGUGGGAAUGCGCUGGUGUGCGAGAAUGUGGAGGAUGCACGCAGGAUUGCUUUCGGAGGGCCCUACAGGCACAAGACAGUAGCCUUGGAUGGGACUCUAUUCCAAAAGUCUGGAGUCAUCUCGGGAGGUGCGAGUGACCUGAAAGCAAAGGCCCGCCGCUGGGAUGAGAAGGCCGUGGACAAGCUGAAGGACAGGAAAGAGAAACUCACAGAGGAACUGAAGGAGCAAAUGAAGGCAAAGAGGAAGGAGGCAGAGCUGCGGCAAGUGCAGUCUCAGGCUCAUGGUCUGCAGAUGAGACUGAAAUACUCUCAGAGUGACCUGGAGCAGACUAAGACCCGUCACCUGUCCCUCAACAUGCAGGAGAAGUCAAAGCUAGAGAGCGAGCUGGCCAAUUUUGGGCCACGCAUCAAUGACAUCAAGAGGAUCAUCCAGUCCCGUGAGAGGGACAUCAAAGAGCUUAGAGACCGUAUGAACCUGGUGGAGGAUGAAGUGUUUGUGGAGUUCUGCAAAGAGAUUGGCGUGAGGAACAUCAGAGAGUUUGAGGAGGAGAAGGUCAAGAGGCAGAAUGAGAUUGCCAAGAAGCGACUGGAGUUUGAGACCCAGAAAACCCGCCUGGGGAUCCAGCUGGACUAUGAGAGGAACCAGCUGAAGGAGGACCAGGAAAAGGUGCAGAUGUGGGAGCAGACGGUGAAAAAGGAUGAGAGCGAGAUCGAGAGGCUGAAGAAGGAAGAACAGAGACAUAUGAAGAUCAUUGACGAGACGAUGGCUCAGCUCCAGGACCUGAAGAACCAGCACCUCACCAAGAAGUCAGAGGUCAACGACAAGAAUCAUGAGAUGGAGGAAAUUCGCAAGAAGCUGGGCGGGGCCAACAAGGAGCUGACACAGCUGCAGAAGGAGGUAACAGCCAUAGAAACCAAACUGGAGCAGAAACGUAGCGACCGGCACAACCUGCUGCAGGCCUGUAAGAUGCAGGACAUACGACUGCCCCUCAAGUCAGGAACCAUGGAUGACAUCAGCCAGGGAGAGGGGACCUCCCAGACUGAGGAGUCUAUGAGCAGCAGUCAGAAGACCUCCAGCACGGUGCUGGCCAAGGAGGCCCUGAUCGAAAUAGACUACAGCAACCUGGCUGAAGACCUUAAGGACGCGCUGUCAGAGGAGGAGAUCAAGGCAGAGAUGAACAGCCUGCAGCAGCGUCUGAACGAGCAGCAGAGUAUCCUGCAGAGGAUCAGCGCUCCCAACAUGAAGGCCAUGGAGAAGCUGGAGAGUGUCAGGGACAAGUUCCAGGAGACCAGCGACGAGUUUGAGGCAGCUCGCAAACGGGCGAAGAAGGCCAAGCAGGCUUUUGAGCAGAUCAAAAAGGAGAGGUUCGACCGCUUCAAUGCCUGUUUCGAGUCUGUUGCCACCAACAUCGACGAGAUCUACAAGGCCCUGUCCCGCAACAGCAGUGCCCAGGCGUUUCUGGGUCCAGAGAAUCCAGAGGAGCCAUAUUUGGACGGGAUAAACUAUAACUGUGUGGCUCCGGGUAAGAGGUUCAGGCCUAUGGAUAACUUGUCUGGAGGAGAGAAGACUGUGGCUGCGCUGGCUCUGCUCUUCGCAAUCCACAGCUACAAGCCCGCCCCAUUCUUUGUGCUGGACGAGAUUGACGCUGCCCUGGACAACACCAACAUUGGCAAGGUGGCAAACUACAUCAAAGAUCAGUCAGUGCAGAAUUUCCAGGCCAUUGUCAUUUCCCUCAAAGAGGAGUUCUACACCAAGGCAGACUCACUGAUCGGGGUUUACCCUGAGCAAGGAGACUGUGUCAUCAGCAAAGUGUUGACCUUUGACCUCUCUCAGUAUCCUGAUGCCAAUCCUAAUCCUAAUGAAUAGGAGAGAGGUGAAGAGGCACUGACAUGCACUGCUCAAUGAGCUAUCCCUCAACUCCAUGAAACCAGGCAGUUUGGACAUUCAUUGUUACUCAUAUUUUCAGUUUCCCAUAAGAAAGAGAGCUUGCCUAAAGCACAGCUGUGAAACCAUUACCCCGAAUUUGGCAGUGUGUGUUAGGGACUGUGUCUCGUUUGUGCAGAGGUUUGUGCGCUUGUUAGUUCAGCUUCUGUCGUUUUCAUUUGUGGCUUUUUUUUCCUAGUCAUGCUUGCGCAGUUUUUAUGAAGUAGAAAUUAGAUCUCGGUAAUCAUUUUAGAGGGUGGGUGGACUCAGGACCCACAGUUGGGACCAGUUGCUACCUGCAUAUUAUAUGCUAUAACUUUUAACAUGUCUAUGGAAUUAUGACAGUUCUUUACCCUACCAGCAUAUCUGGCCUAAAGCUGAGUCACACUGGUUAAUCAUGCUACUGCAUUUAUUGGGGAAAAUAUAUAUGUGUUUCCACAGCUUUUUGGUCAAUAUUUUCAUUUUCUUCUCUAGUAGAACCUCAUAUGACAGUGGUAGGACAGUAGAUUUAAGCAGUACGUGUAACUGAAUACAUAGCUGAGACUCUUUGGAGAGUGACGCUGACCAUGUUGAGUACAGGACUGUUUUAGUCUUGCUCCCUGAGUGAGUUCAUUGCCCUGUCCUGGUUCUCUGAUAUUUUAUUAAAAUCCUGUCUUUGUUCUUCUUGCUUCUUUUAAUAAAAUAAAAUCA